UUGUAAUAAAGAUUUCUCUCUCUUUCUAUUUACCUUCAAUUGGCGAAAACCAACUGAAUAUUAGUUUAAUAUGAUUGGUUAAGAAGUAUAAAGAAAAGGGAUAGUGGGAGUAAAUUUUAGAAGUUUAUUGAUCAAAAUCUAAGCGAAUCUGUUGUUCACAGGCAUCACUAUAUGCAUGUUUCUGAAGUUAUUGCAUUCUACUACUGCUACGACAACUGUUUUUAGUACAAACGAUAUUUCGCUUGUUGACCGGUUAGUGUAAGGAAUUAUACAUAUGCAUGGAAGGUAAACAAAUUGUCAACUUCAUGAUAUAUGGAAAAAUUGUAUGAAACCGGCAGUAAUGUGUAUACAAUCAGUUAGUGGAAAUAUGUAAAGUUUUAUUAAAAUACACUUUCAAUCGUAUUAUUUAAUUUUUAUGCUGACAGAAGUCAACUUACCAGAUAAAGAGAGAAGAGAGAGAGACAGAAGUGGGGAAUUUACACAUCUUAUGUUCACUUCAGUAGUAUUGAAGGAAAAAGAAAUAACAUCGAUUGAAUGCUACGCAUAAACUUAAUUUACCUCACUUGUCGCCUGAUUUCAGUGUCAUUUUGAUUAAUAAAAUGGAACAGCCAAGAUUUUUAACUGGAUGGACUCCAUUUUUAAAGACAUUUGUGAAUAGUAAUCGAGCUGUGAAGGCAUUGUGGGCAAUUUUCGCUAUAUGCAUGGUAAUUGCUCUGGUUAGCUCCGUGACUGUAGUCGUCCUUAAAUACUUAAAUUACGUAACAGUUGUCCGACUGGACCAAAGAGGUCCUAAAGACGGCGUACCACCACCAGCAGUCACAAUAUGUCUUGCUGAACAUCAAACUAAAUACUUAAAGCUACAGUAUUAUAGGAAUAAUACACAGUUAAGCAUUAUACAAGGGAUACGUAAAUCAUGUAAUCUUAAAUCUAAAAUCACGUGGGACUCCAGUGUCGAUGCUAUUUCACAGUUUUACAAUAAUACAAAACACUUUCAAGUGAUACUUCGAACUGAACCACCUGGAUGUUAUUCAGUCAGUGUAAUGGAACAAGUGCCCUGGCCCCCAGAUUCAAUUUGUACUACAUUUCAAUUGGCUCAAGAUUUAUCGUUCAAUUCAUCAUUCUGGAAAAUAUUUCACAUAGAAGUUCGACUAGCUGGUGUUAAUCAGACACUUCUUGGACGUCCAUUAAUUAUUGCACACGAACCGAAUAGUUUUCCGUUUGAUAAUUUUGGUCGUUAUCUUUAUGAAUUUAUAAAUCCUGGAUCAUUAGUGAAUAUAUUCUACAGUAAAAGUAUUACAAAACGCUUAAAUACUCGAAAAAAUCCAUGCACUUCAAAGUCAAUUAAUUUAUUAGGCAAUUAUUUUGAUUAUGAUCAGAUCACGUGCCAAUGGCAUACUGUCUGUGCGAAAUACAACCAAAAAUGUGAUUGUACUUGUCCAUUGGAAUUACUUCGUCUUCGUUUAAAUCGUGAAAUGAAAAGUAGAACAUGGAAUCAAUCAUUACCUUCAAACUAUAUUAUUUCUAAUAACCAGACAAAUUACAAAAAUUGUCCACUUAAAUGUCCUACCGAUAUUCCUAUAGCUUUUGUUAAUAAUUCUGUAUGUCCAUUAGCAUGUCGUACAGUAACUUAUAAAAAGUUAAAUGAAGUCUUAGAUAAUAUUACUGAUCGUUCAACCGUUCAACUGGAAUUAAUUCAAGCCGAAGGUCUAACUGAAAUGACUGAAGAAGCUUUAUAUUCACUGCCUAAAUUAUUUAGUGAAAUUGGUGGUCUAAGUUCAUUCUGUUUUGGAUUCAGUUGUAUUCUAUUUUUUGAACUAAUUGAAUUGGUUUUUUGGUUAAGAUGUACCUUUUGUUCAAAGUUUAUUGAACGCGUAAAGGAAAUAUUAGGCCAACAAAUAGAAAUUACUGAUGAUACUAAUAAAUUUAUUAAAAAUAAUGAUAACAAUACAAGUAAAAUAUUUUCAACAGAAAAAGAAUCACAAAAACAUGAAGAUAUGAUUUAUAAUGAUAAUGAUAAUAGUAAAAUAAACUCAAACAAAUCAAAACAACAAAGGAAGCGAUCACUUAAAGCAAGUGCAUUUUCUUCUAAAUGUCUGUCUAGUAAUCCAUUAAAAGUCAAGUCAAAUAAACAUUCAACAACAACAACAACAUGUAAUCCAACCCGGUUGAAACACACUACAUCACAUCAUAUCGAUUUGAAUCCACUGAACACGCAUAAAGUUGACGGUUCACGUUUAAGUGAAUACCCUAAAGAUCAAGAUAGCCCGUUAAUUGGCUUGAAGUCAAUUAAACACUCACUUUUAGACGAUCCUACCUUGGGGAAGAACUUAAACUCUUCCAGUUUAACUCAGUAUCCAAUCAAUUCACCUACUGUCAGUGCUUCAGUUCCGAUCUCCACAGUUCCGGUUAUUUUGAAUAAUCAUUUAUUUCAAGUUGUUGUAGACUACGAGAUAUCUUAGCUUCUGUUUAACGGUUAUCAAUGUAGAAAUAUAUCCAUGCAUUAUUACGAUAACAUUUAUUUUUUUGAAAAUCAUGUGAAUAUAUAAGCACAUACAUUUCAUUACAAAAUAAAUGUAUUUCCUGUAGUCA